UCUUCGAUAGACUCUCGGGUUCGAUCCUCCCUCGAUUCUAGUUCACCGAUCGUCGUCAUGAAGCUCCUGUCGGUCUUGCUGCUUGUCGCCGCGGUGGUGUUCGCCGCCGAAGAGAUGGAGGACGAUAGACCGAAGAUGUACAGGAGGCUAAUCCCUGCUGAUGUCCUUCGCGAUUUCCCGGGCAUGUGUUUCGCCUCGACGAAAUGCGCCACCAUCGAACCAACCAAAUCGUGGGACCUGACACCGUUCUGCGGUCGUUCGACCUGCGUGCCGGCCGACGACAACUCUGGCCGUCUGUUCGAACUUGUGGAGGACUGCGGACCGCUGCCGAAGGCCAACCCGAAAUGCAAGCUCUCCGAGAAGACCAACAAGACCGCUCCGUUCCCCGACUGUUGCCCGAUUUUCGACUGCGAGGAAGGAGCAAAGCUCGAGUACCCGGACAUCCCGACCCUGCCACCGCCCACGGAGAUCGUGGAGAUCGAAAAGUCACCGGAAGCCGCACCCACGAAGGCUUAAAAGCUCCGAGCUAUACGAUGUGGCCUCUAGAAACACAGAAACAAUCAACCAAAUAACAGAAGUAUUCGUUAAUUCCGAUAAGGACACUUUCUCUCACUUGUCUUUGUUUUUAAUUCGAGUAACAUCAGUUUCUCCUGUGACCGGAAGUGACCGAUACCUGCAGUAUUUCCUAUCAAAGAUUACUGUAACGUGUAUUACAAUGUAUUUAACAGUAGUCAGAAGAAAUGGUUGAAAAAUUAAAAGAGAAAAAAAUGUUCGAACAUAUGUACAGAGAGUAAGAUGGAAAUAAACAAUUAAUCGCGCAGAAUUUGUAAAUAAAGGAUAACGAAAUUUAUAAGAGAUUACGAGAAAAGUACAUAUUAAGACAGAAAUGCAUAGCUCUGUGCCCGAAAAUGAACGCCAGGUUCGUCGUCGCGCCUCGAUAUCACCGUCCGUUUCGUCACGAGGAGGCCACAUCGCAACUUUCCUGUUACCCUUCGACGCGAUUCGAUUUUACG